CUCGUAACCACUCACAAUAAAUUCAAGGCUAUUAUUCCAGCUUUCUUGCAGUUCAUAAACAUUACAAUAUCUACAGCUUCCCCAUCCUUGAGGCUUAAAUCCAUCUCUCUCUCGCCGUGUCUAUCUUACCAACCAGCGGUGAACUGUUUUUAGGCGUGUUGAGCUUUGCUUUCAAUUUAAUUAGGCGUGUUGGAAGGUGAUGUAGUUCAGCCUCUUGUGUAUAAAUUAACAAUACCCUUCUUAUUUUUUCUCUCAAACAAUACAAUACUCAGAGAGCUUCUCCACACCAAUUAAUGGAUAGUAUAGAGAUGGAUAGUGAACGAUUGACGGCCGAGAUGGCUUUUAAAGAUUCAUCCUCUGCUGUCAUUAAAAUCCGUCAGCGUUUGCCUGAUUUCUUACAGUCCGUCAGGCUCAAGUACGUAAAGUUAGGUUAUGGCUACUCAUGCAACCCUGCCAGUGUACUCGUGUUUCUCAUAAUUUUCCCUUUGUCCAUCGCCACCCUUGUUCAAAUCACUGGACUUCAACUAGACCUGGUUUACGAGUCAUGGAUGACUCGCUCCCUUCAACUCCAUGAAAUGGACCCCGCCACCAGACUUGCCGGUUUUUCUCUAUUACUCGCCCUUCUUGCAGUCUACUGGGCUAAGCGGUCGAGACCCGUCUAUCUGGUGGAUUUUGCAUGUUACAAGCCGGAAGAUGAACGGAAGAUGUCGGUGGAAUCAUUCAUGAAAAUGACUGAAGAUAGCGGCUUGUUUGACGAUGGAACUGUUCAAUUCCAGAGGCGGAUAUCGAUGCGGUCGGGUCUAGGUGACGAAACUUAUCUAUCGAGGGGAAUAACUUCUAGACCACCUAGUUUGUGCAUGGAAGAAGCCCGGAAGGAAGCGGAGUCGGUCAUAUUCGGAGCACUGGACUCGCUUUUCAGUAAAACUGGAGUUAAAGCGGAAGAAAUUGACAUCCUCAUUGUGAAUUGCAGCUUGUUUAACCCAACUCCAUCUCUUUCCUCCAUGAUAGUUAAUCACUACAAGCUUAGAACAGACAUCAAGAGUUAUAAUUUUAGUGGAAUGGGUUGCAGUGCAGGGCUUAUCUCUAUAGACCUUGCUAAAGAUCUCCUGAAAGCAAAUCCCAACACUUACGCAGUUGUGGUGAGUACAGAAAACAUAACUCUGAAUUGGUAUUUUGGAAAGGACAGGUCCAUGCUACUUCCCAACUGCAUAUUUCGCAUGGGCGGAGCUGCUGUUCUUCUCUCGAACAAGGGCCGAGACAGGGGCCGGUCUAAGUACCAACUGGUCCACACAGUUCGAACCCACAAAGGCGCUGACGACAAAAACUACCGAUGCGUUUACCAGAGAGAAGAUGAUGAAGGAAAUAUCGGGGUCUCAUUAGCCCGGGAACUAAUGGCGGUAGCUGGAGAUGCAUUGAAAACAAACAUCACUACACUGGGUCCUCUGGUAUUGCCUUUGAGCGAACAGCUGAUGUUUUUCGUAACCCUUGUAAGAAGAAAGCUCUUGAAGGCGAAAGUGAAGCCUUAUAUACCAGACUUCAAGCUUGCUUUCGAACACUUCUGUAUACACGCUGGUGGGAGGGCAGUUCUGGACGAAUUGCAGAAGAAUUUGCAGCUGAGUGAUUGGCACAUGGAGCCAUCAAGAAUGACUCUGCAUAGAUUUGGUAACACUUCCAGUAGCUCACUGUGGUAUGAACUGGCAUACGCAGAAGCCAAGGGUCGGGUCUCGGGUGGGGACAGGGUGUGGCAGAUUGCAUUCGGGUCAGGUUUCAAGUGCAACAGUGCGGUGUGGAAAGCGCUCCGGGCCAUUCCUCAAGGAGAAUCAAGGGGAAACCACCCAUGGGCUGACUCCAUCAACAGGUAUCCGGUUAAGGUUCCCGUGGCUUAGCUUUCUUCAGUUCAAUCAGGUGGCGAUAGUAUCACGGGACUUGAAUGGUAAUGUGGAUAUUUGUGGGCCUUGAUUUGUAUUAGUGCCCGCUCCAUGCAAGUUGUUAGUUAUUCACGUGACAAAAAUAUAUAUAUCAAUAUGAUUAUAGCCAAUACUCGAGAAUAAGGACACACUGACCAAUUUUUAUAUCAUAUUUAAUUUAUCUAAUAAUUAUAUUUUUUUUCAUUUCA